CCCAAGUUGAGAACCACUGUUCUAGGUCCUCUAAUGUGGUUCUGUGGCCAGUUUCUCAAGGGUUAAGGGUACAGGACUUCCAUUAAAGUGAAAAAACUACAAAUAAAAAUAUUAUUUGCAGUUUUUCACUCUCAUCAAGGCCCUGUGCCCUUAGCCCCUGCUAGUGUGGAGGGAUGUCUGUAUUAUAGCAUUGAGAGAAGUGUAAAAAUGUGACAACUGGCUAUAUGUUACUUUCUGACCCAAAGUUUGGGACGACUCUUACACAUAGCCUGCUCAAAUUCAGCCAUACUACCUGGAUUUCCCCCUUCUUUUUCUGCAUAGCUGGGAGAUUAAUAUAACAAGAACCAAUUACUGAGUUAUUUAUAGUUUUUAACUGUUAAUUUUGGUUGUACAGUAGAGUCUCACUUAGCCAACAUAAACGGGCCGGCAGAACGUUGGAUAAGCAAAUAUGUUGGAUAAUAAGGAGGGAUUAAGGAAAAGCCUAUUAAACAUCAAAUUAGGUUAUGAUUUUACAAAUUAAGCACCAAAACAUCAUGUUAUACAACAAAUUUGACAGAAAAAGUAGUUCAAUACGCAGUAAUGCUAUGUAGUAAUUACUGUAUUUACGAAUUUAGCACCAAAAUAACAUGAUAUAUUGAAAACAUUGACUACAAAAAUGCAUUGGAUAAUCCAGAAUGUUGGAUAAGCGAGUGUUGGAUAAGUGAGACUACUCUAUUUACAAUCUUAUUGGGUUUAGCAUUUUCAGUCUUACAUGAGAAUUGUAAGCAAAUACCCAGCUCACAAAAAUGAUAAUUCGAUUACAAAUAUAAUUGGCCUAAUUUUUACAUAUAAGUGGUCUGUUGUGAUGAAAACAGUUGGUAUUGUUUCAUAUAAUUUGAAAGUAGAAUUUUAGAAAAAUGUACACUCCAGAAACAAACAAACAAAAGUGAUGAAGGAGGUUGGGCAGGGGCUUGGGACAUCCAGGUCUAAAUAUCAAUUGAGUCAAGAAACCAGGUAAUCUUGGUUCAGCCAACCUGACAUAUUUCACAGGUGAAUAUGAGGAGGAAGAGAACCAGGUAUGCUGCUCUAAGGUGACUGAAGGAAAGGUAGACAGUAUGUGCAUCUACUUUCAUUUAGAUAUUAAGAAAAAAGUGGGAUAUAAAUCAAAUAAAUAUUGUCUCUGGAAGAAGUUGCCUUGGUGGCUCUGGGAUGGGUGCCUUCUCUCAGCGUAGGCCACCUUUAAAGAUUACUGUAAAUUAGCUCCAAAUAUUUUGCUUGGAAUUAUUUAGAGGAAGAGAAUCUAUCAAAGCUGAGUAGUGAAGCACAUGCAGACCAUGAAGAAGGUCCCAGAUUCAAUCCCCAGUUGGUGAGAAAGAUUUCUAUCUGGGAUUCUGAAGAAAUAGUGUUGGCCCAAGUAGAUCUCAUGGGUCAUCAAGACCAGAGAUAGAAAAGCUGUCUUCUAAGUAAUCUGCAUUAAGAGAUGGUUUAAAAUGUCUAUGAUAGUAGGACACAUACACGUGACAGGGAAAUGAGGGGAUCCAGCCCUUUUAAGAUAUUGUAGUAUUGCUUCAAAAGAUCAGUUAAAAGAUGGAAUUUGCUCUGCAGAAAACACAAAGCAAUAGGAAGCGGUAUAAAUAAAUUUCUGUAUUGAGAAAUUUGGAGACUGGCGAGUUUCCAUUGCCCAUCUCCAAAAUUCAAACCUUAUUAUGGUUUCCAAGUUGUAUGUGGAGAAUGUGAUAUGAUCUCAGUGCUAAAAAGGGUGAAGAAAGGAUCUCAUGAACAGUGGCAUGGGAGCUGAUGGUUCUAGCACCUUGUUCUAUGAGGAGUGUACAUAUAUAUAUGUCUAUCUGUUGUUGUACUGCAGUUUCAUUCUAGUUGGCACAGCAAAUGGCAAUUGUUGAUGGGAGUUGAAGUUGAACAGCACCUGUAAAUGUAAUCCAAAAAUCUUUGAAGAAAAGGGAAAUGUAAUAGCUAGAAGUACUUUUUGGUUCAAUGUUCCUUCUUUUUAUACAUACUUAUUAUUCAUAGUAAUAAAUCUGUCUGGAAUUUGAAGUCCCAUUUUAGCACUGCAGAGGUGCCUACAAAGUAUUGGUCUGACUUUGCCUUCAUGUUCUUAUAGGUGACUCUCUCGGUGGGGCCACACUGACCAUGCUCAGGAGCUUCUAUCUUCAGCUCAUGUCCUUGCUUUGGAUCCUGGUGGCCCAUCACCAUUUUACCCAAGGUGAUGACUGUAGCGACCAUUGUAAUUUGGCUCACGGCAGCUGUGAAGAUGGCAAAUGCAGAUGUGACCCAGGCUGGGAUGGGGCAUCUUGUGAGCAGUGUGUGAGGAUGCUGGGCUGUAUCCAUGGAACAUGCCACCAACCCUGGCAAUGUAUCUGUCAAAGUGGCUGGGCCGGCAAGUUCUGUGACAAAGAUGUGCACAUUUGUGAGCACCAGCCUCCAUGUCAAAAUGGAGCCGAGUGCAUCUAUGAUCGUGAUGGCGAAUAUUCAUGCCUGUGCCUUGAAGAAUUCCAUGGGAAGGACUGCGAGCUGAAGACAGGGCCAUGUGAGAAGUCAGGGUUUCCAUGCAAGAAUGGUGGGCUGUGCCAGGAUAAGAAUGGCUUUGCUAGCAACUACACCUGCAAGUGCCUUGCUGGCUUCACUGGUGCGCAUUGCGAGAUUGAUGUAGAUGACUGCCUGAUGCAGCCCUGUGCCAAUGGUGCCACCUGCCUCGAUGGCAUGAACCGUUUCUCCUGCCAAUGCCAGGCUGGUUUUGAAGGCCGUUUCUGCACUAUCAACAUUGAUGACUGUGCCAACCAGCCUUGCAGAAAUGGGGCCAAGUGUUAUGACCGCAUCAAUGAUUUUGAUUGCUUAUGCCCUGAGGGCUUUGUUGGCAAGACCUGUGAGCUCCCUGCACCAGAACCAACAUGGGUUACUGCAUUUGAGCCUGGUCACAAGGACAAUGAUAAUGCUGUGACCAGUAUUGACCCUUGGACAGCCCAGUCUGAUCCUGCAAGGACUGCAGUUACUGGGAAAAGAAUCACUAACUACAGUGAGAAAUCAAAUGGGGGAGGGCUCCUCAUCUCUGUGAAAGAGGUGGUGACCCAGCAGGACUCGGGGCUAAGCCAAUCGCAGCUGAUUUUACUGCUGGUGUUUGGCCUGCUCACUAUGCUUUUGGUCUUUGUAACUGUCUUGAUGGUGCUGCUCAAGAACUGGCAGAGAGGGAAUCAGAGGUGCCAGAGCCCAUCCCAGUCUGCAAGGAAACUUCAGGACCAAGAGUGUCAAGUGGGAAUGUUAAGUACAGUCUUGAUAGAACCCAGGAAAACAACAGAGCUGUAAGGCUUCCCAGGCUGGAGUCUGGUGGAUCUGUAUACACUCAUCAAUGAUUCAAUGAGUCCUUUGAGCUGAAUCCUGGGGGCUGUUCCAGAUUGUGCAUCUUGAGGGCUCUGAAGAACUUAAUGUUGGGAAACAGUAGCAAAGAAGAUGAUGCCCACAAGGUGGUAAACCGAGUUCAGAGGUGUGCAGCUUAAGCCACUGGAAUAUGAUACCACCUUACCAAGGCAGCCAAGGCAUUAACUGGGUUUGGAGAAUGGCCCAGUGUUGGAAACAGUAUGCAAGCAAAAUGGAUGGAGACCAUCCCACAUGCACUUAAAAGGAGUUGCUAGAACAUGGCCAGGUGUGCCAUAACAGGAUGUAAGAGGUGAACUUUGAUUAGACCCUCAGACAUCUGGAUGGUACUUCUUGAUCAGAGUCACUAGAGGUGUCAUGUGGCCUGAUAACUCAAGGGAUCUAAGAAACUGCUCCGUGUACAUCUCACUGUUAGCUCUGGCACAGACACCAUAGGAUUUCCAAUUCUGCCUUGAAGCCCUUCAGUGUUUUUGAGCCACCAUAAGCUCAACUGAGGGCCUAAUAUUGCCAUGGGCCAGUUUGCAGAUUAUACUGGUGAAUCAGGACCAUGUCUCGCCUGUUCUGUCCUUUCUUCCUCUGGCUGAAAAUGUUUUGAACUUUGUGUCCUUUCUGUUCUUUACCAACCUAUCACCUCAUUUAUUCAGUUAUGAUUUCAGUCAGGAAGGGGAAAUACAUAUACAGACCCAAUGUGCUUUCUCUGUUUAAGAUAACUGGUGUGUCUUUCCACUUGCCAGAAAGGAAAUGUAUGUGUUAUAUGAAGUUGGAAAGUGAAGUCUGGUUUAAUGAGUAGCAAUCCCAGUUCUAAAAAAAUAAUUUUGCCGAGAGAUCAGAUUUGGGAGUGACCCCAAAGCAACCACGAUAGCACUUAUCAGUACCAUCUGGAAUGAUGGUAUAGGGUGUUUGCAUAGCUCCAGAACCUCUGAUCACUUUAGUGGAGACAAAUAUAUAUAUAUGCAGAGCUAUAUUGAAAUUUUGAGACAAAACCUGUUUUGAGAAAUGCAAAAUGCCACUUCAAAAAACUUCCUUGUUUUGCACUGUUACAUGUGUUUUUAGUCAGUUGUUCACCCAGUAAUGGAACGCUGAAAGCUGCUUUAUACCAAGCCAGCCCACUGGCCCUUCUAGUUUAAUAUUUUCCACACUGAUUUUGCAGCAGCUUGCCAGCAUUUCAUACCUGGAUAUAUCAAAGAUUGAACCUCAGACCUUCUGUGUGUAAAGGAUGUGCUCUUCCAUUGAGCAAGCUACUCCCCCUUCUUUCUAAUUGCUAAUGAAGGUGGUGAUGUAAUGAACCAGAUCUAGAUAUUCAUUCUGUUGGCAGUGUGCACCUUUUUCAGUAGAGUCUACCCCACUUUGACUAUUCAUACUGGUACUGGAGACAGAGGUCUCAAUCCCCUCCCUUUCUCUGCCUGAACCCAAGGUAGCUAAGAUCAUAUGAACAGAGUUUCCUCACUGAUCCUAACUAUUCUUUUUACCUUCUCACAUAUUAAAAAUAAAUUAAGACCCCAGUUCCAUGUCCAAGAAGCAAAAUAUUAUGUGUUAAGAAACAUAAUAUGAGCUACUCAAAAGGAAAGGGAAGGAUGGGUAUUUCACCAGAAAUAUUAUUUUUGUAAUACACAUUUGAUGAAUGGUGUAACUUUGUAAAAUAAAUACAACAACUAAAAUACUAGAA